AUGAAUGACAUCCCUGGUAGCAUCAUGGCUUUGACCUAUGUCAUUGACACCAAUCGCUCUUGUUGGUUUCUGCAAUGGAACAUUCUUCGAGACAUCCUGAUCGACAGCUUAGCUGCUGAAAUCAGCCAGUUGAUCUACUCGUGCAAAGGUGUUGGUGAAUGUGACGCAAAGAAGCAAUCAAAGAUGGGAUUGUUGUGCCGAUCAGUGAAGGGCCGAGAACUCCCAGCAAAGCUGCAACGUCACACUGGAGAAACCGCUCGACUAACUGAGCAUUCAUACUUGUCUUCUUGGAUCGCCCGCGCCGAACCCACCAUCAGCAUGUUUAAUCAGAACUUCUCCUUUGGGUCAUCCUCGCAUUCACCUGCUAUGGCAUACGGCGUGGACGACUUAGCACCACGUCGCGAUUCUCGAUUCGACUCCUACAGAUACGUUGGAGCUCCGCGGCAUCCUUCCAUCACAGCUCUUACUGCUCAACUACAAUCUCAAGCGCUAAACGACAUGGACAUAGGUUCCCCAUCACCACCACCAAGUGAUAUCGUUUCAUCCUCAUCCUCCUCAGAUACUGAUGGUGACGAGGGAUUUUACGACGGUCCAGAAACACCCGACACCAACAUCUCCGACUUCCCCUACGAGUCGAAUGAUGUCGACCCCACUCUGUGGGAUCUGAGCAUGUCAGAUAGUAUGGUUGCGACAUCUUCUCCUCGGCCCUCACUAUCUUUGGAAGCACAAGCUCUGUCUUCAUACACCAUGCGCCGGCGGCAACGGCAAGCUUUAAUUCGACUGCAGUGCAUCGCUACUCGAGCACCUGAUCUGGCAAUGCUGAUUGAGGAAUGUCACCCAAGUUCUCUACCACUUGAGACCAAUAGCGUAAGAGCAUACAGCCCUAAGGAACGCAGUGAAAGUGUGUGCAGUUACUCUGCUCUACUUGGAUCUACGAAUGGCAGGAUUGAGAAGGAACGCCAUGGAUCGACCGCCGCCGUGAGAAAGACCCCGCGUAUGAGGAAGAGGGUGUCUACACGGUGA